AUGGCAACUGUUGAGGACGACGAUUUUGUCGACGAUCAGUUGGAGUCCUUAUUAUCAUUCCCUGUCGAAGUGCAGGAGGCGAUUGAGCAGGUUCUUCCAAGUAAUGAUCCAUUAGACAGACCUGACUUUAAUCCUGUUGACUACAUCAACACAUUGUUUCCCACUGAACAGUCUCUUUCAAACAUUGAUGAGGUUGUAGGGAAAAUUAGACAGAAAAUAUGGCGCCUUGAUGAUGAGAUUCGAACUGUUGUUCGGGGUCAAACUAAUGUGGGUGAAGAGGGCAGACAUGCCUUAGAAGAGGCUCAAAGAGCAAUCCAGGACUUGUUUAGCAAGAUCAAAGACAUCAAAGAUAAAGCUGAGAAAUCGGAAGAAAUGGUGAAAGAAAUUACGAGAGACAUAAAGCAGCUAGACCAUGCUAAAAGACAUCUGACAGCAUCAAUUACAACACUGAACCAUCUACAUAUGUUGGUAGGGGGAGUCGACUCUCUAGCGGCCCUGACCAGAAAGAGGCAGUACGGAGAAGUGUCUAAUCUCUUACAGGGAGUUUUAAAUGUUCUGGAACAUUUUGAGAAGUACAUGGAAAUUCCACAGAUUAAACAGUUAGCAGACAGAGUCAAACAGAUACAGGCAGAACUCGGAGCACAGAUUAUUGCAGAUUAUGAGGAAGCAUUCCAAGGAGCAGGUGCUAAGUACGGGCCAAGUAACCAGAAGCAGCUGCACGAUGCCUGCUUUGUCGUCAACAUUCUAGAUCCGAAAGUCAAGAGAGACCUCUUGAACUGGUUUGUCAAGUUACAGCUGUCGGAGUAUGUGGUGUUGUUUGCUGAAGACCAGGAUGCAUCCUGGCUUGAUAAAAUUGACCGCAGGUAUGCAUGGAUUAAGCGAGCUCUUGUGGACUUUGAAGAGAAGUUUGGUCACAUUUUCCCUCCCGACUGGGAAGUUAGUGAGAGGAUGUGUGUGGAGUUUUGUCACAUAACCAGAAAAGAGCUGUCAAAAGUAAUGCAGAGACGACGCCUAGAAAUUGAUGUAAAACUGUUGCUGUUUGCUAUUCAGAGAACGAGCAAUUUUGAAGCGCUUAUUGCCAAACGCUUCACAGGUGUUACCAUGCAGAAACCUCCAGUGAACCCAGCUCCCGCUGCAACUACUAAGGCUGCAGUCAUUUCCGAGACCGGUAAUCCAUUUGAAGAAUCUUCCACUAAUCCAUUUGAGCAGCCAGGAGAGGAUAAAUCUCAGGCUGGGGCAAAGAAUACAGCUGACAUUGCAAGUCCCUUUGCUGGGAUCAUUUCUCAGUGUUUUGAGCCCCACCUCAAUAUCUAUAUUGAAAGCCAAGACAGAAAUCUGGCCGAGCUUAUCAGUCGCUUUCAAGAAGAUAUUCACACCCAUGGAACGCCUCGCAUGGAUGGAGAGGAAAACAGUAACGUUUUGCCCAGCUGUGCAGAUUUGUUUGUGUUUUAUAAAAAGUGUAUGGUUCAGUGCUCUCAGCUGAGCACAGGCCAACCUCUGAUCGAUCUUAGCAAGACAUUUCAGAAGUACCUCAAGGAGUAUGCCCAUAGAAUACUGCUGGCCAACUUGCCUAAAGUAAGCAAAGAAAGUGUCAAUAUGAGCUCGGCCUCAGGCUUGAUUCAGAGCAUCCUGAAGGAAGGAGAGAUCACCAAGUUUACUGAGGAGGAGCAGUGUCGCAUCUGUAGUCUCCUUUGUACAGCGGAGUACUGCAUGGACACCACCCAACAGCUGGAGGAAAAGCUCAAGGAGAAAGUCAAUCCAGAACUGAAGUCAAUGGUCAACCUUAGUGUAGAACAGGACAUGUUUCACACUGUGAUCUCAAACUGCAUUCAGCUUCUGGUUCAGGACCUAGAAACAGCCUGUGAGCCAGCCCUAACUGCCAUGACCAAGAUGCCAUGGUCUAGCAUUGAAGCAGUUGGAGACCAGAGCGGUUAUGUAACUGCAAUAACUUCCCAUCUGAAGCAGAACCUGCCAGUAAUCAGAGAUAAUCUUGUUUCGUCAAGGAAAUACUUCACGCAGUUCUGUGUCAAGUUUGCCAA